AUGCCGCACUCGAACAUUGCAGCACUCCUCCCGUCUCCCAAAGCACCUGCUCUCACCGUCUCUCCUGCCCCCUACUCACCUCCGUCUCCUGGCGAAGUGGUUAUCAGAGCUCACUCCGUGGCAAUAAACCCUGCCGACUGGGCAAUCCAACGGCUCGGUAUCCUCAUCUCAGAAGAAGACGGCUACCCAUGUAUCCUCGGAUGCGACGUUGCUGGGGAGGUGGUUGAGCUUCCCCAGGAAGGACAAGCAGACGAACGCGUCUCUAAACUUAGGAUUGGCGAUCGUGUAAUCGGCCAAACAUCGCCACUAAGGGUCAAAGAUUGGAAAGACUCGGAGCUCAAUGAGGAUGACCUCGAACAAUGGCGCGGGAAAAAGGUGUACGCCUACUCUUCCUUCCAAACGUACGUGGUUCUUCCUUCGCCGUUCGUGGCAAAGAUCCCCGACAGCAUGACCUACGAAGAGGCGGCCGUAUUGCCGCUCGGCGUGACCACCGCCGCAAGUUGCCUUUUCCCAGAGGUGAUGCUGGGAUUGGACAUGCCUCCCAUGAAAGGCACAGCCGUGAAGAACAGCAAGACCCUCGUGGUCUGGGGAGCCUCAUCAAGCGUGGGCUCCUGCGGCGUCCAACUCGCCGCGCUGGCGGGCUACACGGUUGUCGGUGUCUGUUCGCAGAGAAAUCAUGACAUGGUCAGGUCGCUGGGCGCGGAGGAAUGUUUCGACCAAGGAGAUCCAAACAUCGUCGAGUCUGUGAUCUCAUACCUCAAGAGUCAAGGCCAAGAGGUAGUUGGGGCGUACGACGCCAUCUCCACGUCUCCGACCCUGCAACCUCUCUGUGAGAUACUUCACGGAUGUGGUGGUCGCAAGUUCAUUGCCUCGGUCUUCCCAGGCGCCGAACAGCACGCCAAACACGACGUGUCGAUUGUGACCAACCUGGCAACGGUGGGUGACUUUGCCACUGGUCUCGCGCCAGCGAUAUGGAGUUGGCUCGAGACCGCCUUGGAAGACCACCGGAUGCAAUGCAUGCCUCCGCCUGAGCUUAUGGGAACAGGGCUGGAGAGUGUCCAGGCAGCAAUGGACGAAUUGGCCGGGGGAACUGUGAGCGGAAGGAAAUUAGUGGUCCGUCUUUAA